AUGCCUGGCUCGUCGCGACUCCCCGUCAGUCUCCGCGAGACGUUCAAUGCGCGCACUCGCUCCGUGAGGGGCCAGCAGCUUGCGGCGCUGAAUGUGGACCUGCUGCGGAACAUUGUCUUCAUACUCUUCGUACUCAGAUGGACCCGCAAGCUCUUCUACCAGCUCAAGGGCCGCGGUAUAAGUGGAUCCGUCGUCGAUGUUUACACCUCCAUUCGGCGCACCCUCUAUGGCGUCUUCCUCCAGCUUCCAGGCGUCCGUACAAAAGUCCAAACCCAGAUCGCCGAGUCGAUACUAAAGCUUGAGCGCAAGCUGGUCCCUUCCGGUCCCGGAGUUGAGCGCAUUACUGCGCUACCAGCUGAGGGAUGGAGCGAGGAGGACGUGCGGCAGAAGCUGGAUGAGCUGGCGCAGAUGGAGCACACGAGAUGGGAAGAUGGGAGAGUCAGUGGAGCGGUAUACCAUGGUGGGGAUGAGUUGAUGCGGCUGCAGACGGAGGCGUUUGGCAAGUUUACCGUUGCAAACCCAAUCCAUCCGGAUGUAUUCCCUGGUGUGAGGAAGAUGGAAGCAGAGAUUGUGGCCAUGGUUCUGUCGCUCUUCAAUGCGCCCGAGGGCGCUUGCGGUGUUACCACCAGUGGCGGUACUGAGUCCAUCCUCAUGGCGUGUCUGUCUGCGCGCAACAAAGCAUAUCAAGAACGCGCCGUCACGGAGCCGGAGAUGAUUUUACCAGAGACGGCACAUACGGCUUUUCGCAAAGCGUGCGAAUACUUCAAAAUUAAGCUACACCUGGUAGCGUGCAAAGCACCCGCAUACAAAGUCGACUUGCGCGCAGUCUCGCGCCUCAUCAACCCGAACACUAUCCUCCUUGUAGGCUCAGCUCCUAAUUUUCCUCAUGGUAUCAUCGACGACAUCUCAGGUCUCUCCAGGCUAGCGCACAAGAAGAAGCUCCCGCUCCACGUCGACUGCUGCCUCGGCUCCUUCAUCAUCCCCAUGCUUCCCAAGGCAGGCUUCGAGUUCGAGCCUUUUGACUUCAAGCUCAAGGGCGUGACCAGCAUUUCCUGCGACACACACAAGUACGGCUUCGCCCCCAAGGGCAACAGUACCGUCCUAUACCGCUCUGACGCCUACCGCAAAUACCAAUAUUUCAUCAGCCCGGACUGGUCCGGCGGCGUCUACGCCUCCCCCUCCAUCGCGGGCUCGCGACCUGGUGCCUUGAUUGCAGGCUGCUGGGCCUCCCUCGUCAAGCAAGGCCAAAACGGCUAUAUCGACGCAUGCCAUAAAAUUGUUGGCUCCAUGAAAAAAAUCGAAUCCGCAAUUCGCGAGAAACCCGAGCUGUCGUCCGACUUGAAAGUUGUAGGCCGCCCGCUCGUCUCCGUCGUCGCGUUCCUCUCUCCCUCCCUCGACAUCUAUGACAUCGCCGAUGGCAUGAAUGCAAAGGGUUGGCAUCUCAAUGCGCUGCAAUCCCCGCCGGCGAUCCACAUCGCUGUCACUUUACCCAUCGUGGCUGUCGCGGACCAGCUUAUUGCAGAUUUGGUGGAGGUUGUGGAGGGGGUGAAGGAGGAGGAGAGAAAGAGGAUGGCUGAGGGCAAGGGGGCGAAGGGCGCGGUCAAGGGAGACACUGCGGCUUUGUAUGGGGUUGCGGGGAGUUUACCGAAUAAAAGUGUGGUUGUGGAUUUGGCGAAGGGUUUUUUGGACACGUUAUAUAAGGUGUAG